AUGACUGGACCUUCAGGCCCACCAGGUCCACCGGGCACACCGGGACAGCAGGGCCGGCCAGGACCGCCAUCGAUGUGUCCAACACCGGCACCGGUGGGUCCAAUGCCGCCGUCGGUGCGUCCCAUGCCGCCGUCGGUGCGUCCCAUGCCGCCGUCGUUGCGUCCUAUACUGCCAUCAUCGCCCACUCUGAUGCCGCCAAUGCUAUCACCGCCACCAGUGUGUCCCGACUCUGUCAGACGACAUUUUCCUGCGUCUGACAGUUGCAGCUCAUUCUACGAGUGUCGUAAGGGCGUGGCUGAGCGACGAGAGUGUCCCGAUAAUCUGCUCUACAAUGUCGACAGUCACCACACUCGCUAUCCCUGUGACUAUUUCUACAAUGUCGUAUGCGUGUUGCAGUCACCUCCCAGUGGAUCCUUUCCCCACCCCCAACAGCAGCAGCAGAGGCAUUAUGAGCUGGACCAGCACAAGAAGAUCUUCAACUUUUACACCUACGUGACGAACAAAUGGUAGCCAUCCUCACCUCCGCCGCCGAAAUCAUCAGCUGGCGUCCUCCACAACGUAUGACAAGCAUCAUCUUCAACAGCAGCAAGACAAGGACCUGCUCAGCCUUCUGCUUGCAUCUCUUCUCAUGGAGUAUUGCGUAUAUACACGUCUGUACACGUAUGUACACGUCUACUUUGUACUAAUUUAGAAAAAAAAAAGAUUAUUCAAAUUAUGCCGCUGCCCAUGUUUAGUGGCAAGGUCAAUGAUGCACGCAAGUCGCGGCCAGCUGUGGUUAUCCUUGGGUGCGUCACUGUUGUUGGACACUUGUUUUGAAGGGCAACACUCAACUGAUAGUCUCUGCACCACACACUGCAUGACUCUGCUAGCCCAAUGUGAAGUUCUUCAUAUGACUGCUUAAAGCUAAUCUUGUAUGUUUGGGUAAAAGAAGCUAUUCCAGCAAACAAAAAGUAAAUUAUUUUUAUCACAGAUUACAAUAUUAUACAUGUAAAUAAUAAUGUUCAUCAAAAAAUAGCAUUGUAAUGA